UUCUUCUUCUUCUUCUUCUUCUUCUUCUUCUUCUCCGAUUCACGUUCUUGGUGAUCGAUGUUAUGCUUCGGCCGUGAAUUAGGGUUUGUGUGCAGAUCGGUGUUGAGGCUUCUUGACAGAUCCGUCGCCGGAGCUAUGGGCUGCUUCUUCGGUUGCUUCAGAUUCAGGGACGAUCGCCACCUCCGCUCCAGGCCUCACCUCGUUUCUCAGUCCUCUCGCUCGGGAGCUGUGGUGUCUCAGAAUCGUUUGGCAUCUCUAUUUUUAGACCAAGAGAAAGGAGAAUCUCCAUCUCGAGAUAGGGAAAGUCCUAGCUAUGGGACUCCACAAAUUGACAAGGAGCUAAAGAACGAGGCCAAGUUUCUCAAGGCUUGUGGUACUAUAGUUGAGACCCCAGUUGAAAUUCGGAGAGCUUCAAAGUUAAAUGGCUCGCCCCAGCAUGAUAGGGAUUCAGGGCCAUCAAAAUUUAACUCAUGGCUUCCCCACACAUCCAUAAAAAAGCUUCAGCAGGAGAAUCAACCAGAGCAGCCUCCCACACCUGUUAAACUUUUUGAACAGUGGGAAAAGGGGUCAGAACACACACCAAUCAGUUAUGAGUCAAACCAACAAAGUACUGGAAGGAGUUAUCUCAGCUCUACUGAAGAUGGAAGAAUAGGUACUGCUUCAUCAGUAAAGAUCCAUUCUGAUCGGGCUGAGAACACUGUAACUCCAACUUCACCUUCGCACUCAGCCACAGAUAUCCAGGGCAGGGGCAAGUCUGUUCGUUUUGAAUGUGACUUUGACACAGCAUCCUCAAAAGGUUCUUCAUCUGGUAACUGUAGGAGUGCAAAAAUAGCUCAAACUCCUGGAAGACAGGGCACAUCUAAGUAUUCAGAUUAUCCAACCCCACUGACUCUGUCUGAAGAUAUGCAGACACCCGGAACAGUUUAUCCAUCAGGCCAGGGAGCUUUUCCUAAUGGAAAAUCUCGAAUCAGGUCUCAGUAUGUGUAUUCAGUUCCGUAUCCUGAGGGAACCACUCGGUGGAAUGUCCUGGAAGAGGAAGAUUCUAACUCAUAUGGGUCUUCAGGUGAGGCUAGUGAUUCACUCAAACAAUCGGGAAAUGCAACCUCCAUAUCACAAGAGGGAAAAGAAGAGAUUUCAUCAGGAACAGAUUUACAGGUGGAAUCAAGUAUGUCUGCCUGGCUGAAGCCAGUGACUCAAGAUGAUAACAAUCUGAGGUUGGGAGAUGCUUCUGCCCGAAACCAUUAUUUUGGCAGAACUCCUGGAGACAGACCUAUAAUAGGGUUGGUUGCUACUCACUGGAAUGAAGAUGAUCCUACUCGUAUCUCACCCAAGUGGUGGGACGGGAAUGGAAUCCCAAAUUCAACCAAUAAAUACAAAGAGGAUCAGAAAGUGAGUUGGCAUGCAACCCCAUUUGAGGAGAGGUUGGAGAAAGCAUUGUCUGAAGAAACGUUCAUCUCUCAGAGAAAGAACAUAGAGGGAAUGCCCAUGGUGUUCGAUGAGAACGAGGAAAGUGAUACUGCUCUUUCUCAGUUGCAAUCUUCAUCCCAGCCAAAGUCAGUGGUUUCAUUCUGACGAGUGAUGGUGGUUUUACCCCCGUUUUGUUUGCUUUACAUGCAAAAUGUUGCUGAUGGAGUUGGGUUUAUUCGAACUUAGGUUU